AUGGCCAAAUAUUCAUGCAAUCAUAAACAACUUUGUUGUUCGGUAAUAUUUGUGAUCAUUUCUUGUGUUGCAAUCCCUUCUGAUUCUAUCCGUCUUCAUCAACAAACGACAACAAAUCAUGCAACCCUCUUCGUGUUUGGGGAUUCUUUGUUUGAUCCAGGAAACAACAAUUACAUUAACACAACCACAUAUUUUCAGGCCAAUUUUUCUCCAUAUGGUGAAACUUCCUUCAAACAUCCAACUGGAAGGUUUUGUAAUGGUCGUAUUAUACCUGAUUUUAUUGCUGAAUUUGCUAAUUUGCCUUUGAUUCCGCCAUUCUUGGAACCUAAGCAUCACCGCCAUCAAGUGGCUUAUGGCUUCAACUUUGCAUCUGCUGGUGCAGGUGCCCUUUCAGAAACUAAUUGUGGGUUGGUUAUUCAUCUUCACAAGCAAUUGAAGAAUUUCAAAAAGGUUAGGAAGCAAAUGAAGGCAGAACUAGGUGAAAGUGGAACAAACAAAGUGUUGGGAAAUGCUGUGUAUUUACUUAGCAUUGGAAGCAAUGACUACUUUAGUCCUUCACCGUCAUUUGGAUCAUUUCCUCCGGACGAAUAUAUUUCAAUGGUUAUUGGCAAUAUUACUACUGUUAUUCAGGAAAUAUACGACAAAGGUGGACGAAAAUUCGGCAUCCUAAAUUUGGGACCGUUGGGGUGUUUGCCGGUCAGCCGGGCAAAAAAUGUGACCGGCGGUGGAGAUGGAAGCUGCGACCCUCAGGCCAAUGAUGUGGUAGAGCUGCACAAUUACGGCCUAGCCAUGUCACUUUUGCAAUUGCAAGCGCAGCUUCAAGGCUUUCGUUACUCACUCUUUGAUUCUUUCUCUGCUGCUUUGGCUGCUCAAUCAAAUCCAACCAAAUAUGUGGCUUCAUUUAACUAUAACAAUAAUAACUUGUAUUUGAAAAAUAGUCCAACAAAGCCACUUAUUUGCAUGAUGUCUUUAACUAUUCUAUCUUCCAAUUGA